AUUUUUACAUUUUAACAACAUUUUCAAAACAAAUCUUGUGCAUUUCAAAUCAAAUUCUUCGUUCUCUCAUUAUUAUAUAUUUAAUACACAUAUUGUGGCUUAAUAAUAAUUAACAAAUUAAAAUGUGGCUAAAAACAUCCCAAAUUAUCGCAAACAAUCAUUUUCCUCUAAUGACAAAAAAAUGUACACCGGUUAAAAUGUUCAAAAAGUUCCUUGCUUCUUCUAAUGAAGCCGACAAUAUUCCUUCUUUUAAUUUUACGGACCAAGAAAAUAAUCAAAUAUUAGAAAUAAUGAAUUCAACAUCGAUUGAUAAUCUAGCAAAAUAUGAUAUUUCCAAAGCAAAACUAAAUAAAGUCGAAGCUUGGAAGCAAAAGAAUGGGGGAAAAUUUCAAAGCAUUAACGACAUUCUUCAAGUUGAUAGUUUCUCUUUGAAGAUUGCUGAAAAAUUCUACAAAAGCUUGCUGGGUACAGAACCAGUUAUGAAACCAGCUCGCAAAGCUGCUCCCUUCGUCACUCCCAAUCUUCAUAAUCAACAAAUUAAUGAAAUCAAUUCAAGUGUUUCGAUAAACGUUGGAGUGUCGAGUAUUACAUGGUCCAGACUGGUUCUUAAUAAAGACGGACCCUGUGACCUAACCCACUGGCAACGCCACGAUAUAAAGGAUAAAAGGCUUCAUCUGCAUGAUUUGAUCGAUCGUUGUUUAUACGUUAAUUUUGUAAUUCCACAAGCUGAUUGUUAUGUCUUUGAGAAUCCACAAGUUGCUCAAAGUGGUACUCCAGGAAAUGCAGAUCAAGUAAAUAUAAAUGUUCAAAGAGCACAAUUGAUCGCUAUUCUAAGCUAUGCUCUGUCAACUCGAAACAAACCAACAGAACGAUCGAAACCAAAUGUGUUUUACCUGAAGAGGUUCCUAGCAGCAAGAUUAUUCCAGCAGCUGAUUGGAACCGAGCGUGUUUCUGCGGAGAAGGCUAUUUUGAACUUAAUGCGGAAUUAUUACGAUAUCGAUUACAUGAUAGAUAAUGAAAAUGAAAAGGAAACUAUAACUGAGUCGCCUUCUAGCCGCGGGAAUGUUUAUUUUCCCACUGAGUUACAAGAUAUGUAUAAGGAUGCCGAGAGGUACAAUCGGGAGUUCCUUGGGCAGGCGUUGCUUUUGAAUUUGGCAUUUGUAAGAUUGGUCCUAUUGCAAGACCCAGAAGCAAUGUCAUCAGUUGUCCGCAACGCGAAAAGUAACCCUAUUGACGCUCAAUAAAUUCUAUUUUCAUUAAUUUAACUCGAGUUUUAAAAAAAAAAUUUUGAUUAAUA